AUGGUUCACGCCGAUGCCUCCAACUUUGCCGACGACGUCACCAAGGACGACGCCUACGAGCAAGUCCUGCUCCAGACUGAAGGACUGUGCACAGGGCAGCAGAGGUCGCAGGUUUGCAACCUUGCCAACGCCGCCUCAUUACUGUGGCAUGCCUACAAGAGCCUGCCGGCCCCCAGCAAGGAUGUGAACUGGGCAGGAUUCUACGUCUUGGACAAGUCGUCCUCGAAGCCGCAGCUCAUCCUCGGCCCGUUCCAGGGCAAGGUCGCUUGCCAGACAAUCGACUUUGGGCGGGGCGUGUGCGGCACGGCGGCGUCCUCGAAGCAGACGCAGUUGGUGGCCGACGUGGACCAGUUCCCCGGCCACAUCGCCUGCGACGGCGACAGCAGGAGCGAGAUUGUCGUGCCCAUCCUGGCCGACACGGACGGCAGCGGGGAGAAGAAGGUGGUGGCCAUCAUCGACGUCGAUUGCGCGUCCUUGAACGGAUUCGACGAGCUAGACAAAAAGCAUCUAGAGGAGCUGGCCGAGCUGCUCGCCAAGAGCUGCGACUGGUAG